CACUUUUCAGUUGGUUUGUUUUUAGGAAACAGCCACACUCUAGACCAGUAGGUGGCGGUAAUGAGCGCGUCUAUUGUUUGCCAACAGCUUUGAAACGAGAAGAAGAAGAAGACGACGAAGAAGAAGAAGACGCGGAAGAAAAAGAUUCAGUCGUAAGCGAAGUGACUCGGUUUAAAAUGAGCCAUUUGGAGAGUUUGAAUAGGUUUUUGACAGAGCGCUUAAUGACAGUCGCUGGAGAGAUAUUCCAAGUGUUUAAAGACGCCUUUAGUGAUUAUCAGGGUGAAAUAGAGCGAAUAAAACAGGAGAACCGGUGUCUAAGAGAAGCCCUGGCUGAAAUUUACAACAGUGUACAGGAGCGAGCAGAUAAGCACAAUUUAAACCAGAAAGCCCUGAACACUGAUAUUUCCCUUAUACAAGUGAACCUGGAACUUGCUAGUCCAAAGAAGUGUGAUCCACAGCAGUCUCAGAGUCAUGCACACACAUGCACGUCGAAGCCUGAAAAGCUUGCAGAGGAUCUGGACCCAGAAUCGAGUUUUUCAGAGAAACCUGGGUUGAGGGAUGAAAACGAGCACAGCAGCAGCCUGCAUACAGGCUCAUCAGUCACGGUCAAAGUGGAGCCGUGUGAUUCCCCAGCUGUCUUCUCUGCUGAAGUGAAAAAUGAAGCUGAAGUCGAUCAAGCAAGAGACCAGCAAGAGCCUCUUUCCUGCACUUACUGCGACCAAACAUUCACGGAGCUUCCUCAGCUAGCAUCACACGUGCAGACUCACAUGGCUUUGUUUACCUGCGAAAUCUGCGGAAAGUCCUUCAAGCAGAAAGGAACGCUGAAAACACACAUGAUCGUACACCAGAAAGAAAGACCUUUUGGCUGUGGUUAUUGUAAAAAGCGGUUCAAGCUGAAAAGUCACCUGAAAGAGCACGAGAGGAUACACACGGGUGAAAAACCUUUCAGCUGUCCGGUGUGCAGGAUGUGCUUUACUCGCUCCAAUCCUAUGAAGAUACACCUUCGGAAUCAUCAUCGGGAGCAGUUACUACUCAGCCAAUAGAAUAAGGCUGGAAAAUAUUAGACUUGUGGAUAAAUUUCAUUCUCUGUUAUUCAUGUGUUGUUUCUUUUGUUACUUUGACUGUCUUUACUAAGUGGUUAGUUUUAAUAUCUUCAUAGUUCUGCUAAUUAUUUGUUUUACAUGUUUGACUACUGGUUGUUCAUUUAUUAUUCUGAUUAUUGUCUACUUACUGUCCAUGAUAAACAAAUCUUAUUUA